UCUUAUUUUUGCAAAUUUCCCAAAUUCUUCUCAGAUCAGAAAUUCCCAUUCGAAGUUCGGUGACUUUAUAGGAAUCAGCGAAUCGCACCCUUUGGAGUUUGGAGGGAAUUCGAAAUCGUCAGUGUCUUCCACAAUCGUAGCGUACAGAGUCCGCAGUUUGAAUCGAAUGCGUUAAAGCAAAAGGCAAUAGAAGUAACCUGAACUUCGCCUUCCAGUCAGUUGUCCUCUUCCUCAUGGCCGGGCCGGACUCAAGUGAAUAUGCGGAGAUUGUGGUGAUUCGUCAUGGAGAAACAGCAUGGAAUGUCGAAGGAAGAGUUCAGGUAUCCACUUGAAAGGAAAAAAGAGUUCCAAGACUUUGUUAAUCUUCAACUUAGUUGCCCAUCUAAGGGACACCUGGAUGUGGAAUUGAAUGAAGUCGGUAGGCAGCAAGCAGCUGCUGUGGCUGAUCGACUUUCUAGAGAGACUGCAAUUUCUGCUGUUUACUCAUCUGAUUUAAAGCGAGCUCUUGAGACUGCUCAAAUUAUAGCAACUAAAUGUAGUGUGCCUGAGGUUAUACAAGAUCCAAAUCUAAGAGAACGACAUCUUGGAGGUCUUCAGGGUUAUAUAUUUCAUGAAGCAGUCAAACUUAGGCCAGAUGCUUACCAAGCUUCUCUGUCUGACAGAACUGAUCAAGAAAUCCCUGGUGGAGGAGAAAGUCUUGAUCAACUCUUCAACCGCUGCACGUCUUCAUUGCAAAAGAUUGGUAUGAAGCACAUAGGUGAAAGAGUGGUAGUGGUUACUCAUGGCGGAGUCCUCCGGGCACUUCACAAGCGAGCGGCUCCAACAGAAGGGCGGCAGAGGAAGAUACUGAAUUCAUCGAUUAAUAUCUUCCACUUAUCGAGUCGGGAUGAAUGGAUCAUAAAAGCUUGGGGUGACAUUAACCAUCUCAAUCAAAACAACACUGAAUUUCUUGAGGCUGACUCUGGGGGUGACAACACAACACAUUACGCAUCUGGUUAGGUAAUCGAUCUACAUCAUCCUCCCUCGAUCCAAAUCUCUGUUUUUCCCACCGACGACUCUGCUGGGCCUCCCG